AUGGACAAGGGAGCGCGAUUGGUGAGCAAGUCCCAUGGGCAUGGCCGGAUCAUCGUGAUUUGGUCUGCCCUAGUCUGCUUCUUCCAGGUCUGGAGGCGUGAACUUGUGCCUGCGGCCACUGAUUCGGGUCGUGGCUUCAUUAUAAGACAGGUUUCGUCAUCGCUUGUUCAGCGGGACAUUGAAGCUCGGAGUGCAAAACUCGCAUGCCGGGCACGGAAAGCGGCUGCUGCAGCCAAAGCUGCUGACACGGCCGAAGAAGAUUCGAAGCCAAAGAAGAAACGAAGAGGCAAAGCGAAGCCAAAGCCGUCCGAUGCCGAGACGGCAGACGGCACAGCGAGCGCUUGGGAGAAGAAGCGGGACCAGAUGCUGCUGGCCGCGGUUCGCAUCGAGAGCCAUGGAGGAACCCAGGGCUCGGGAUUUGUGAUAUCCGCCUCGGCGAACGGGACCUUUGUCCUGACGAAUCACCAUGUCAUCCGAGACAGCAUCCAUCAACAUGAUCGCUGGGAUCCUGUGGCGGAGUCUUCGAAGAAGGUAGACCGUUUCAUGCCCGUGACAGUGGAGAGCUUCGACUACGACGAGCGGCUGGGAAGAAAUUCAGGAUAG